AUGGCGGAGGUUUCGGUCGAGGAGCGCCGCCCCGAGAAGGAGGGCAGGCCCGUGGCAGGGGCCGAUGAGGCGGCCGAGAACCGCGACGUGAACGUGGUGCUCACCCUGCGCGCCGACGCCAAGAUCCAGCUGGCGCUGGAGGAGGGCGCCGACGAGUACAACGAGAUGGGCAAGCAGGAGCGGGAAAAGGGCGACUUCAAAGGCCACCCAUGGGGCAAGCGCCCAGACGCGCAGAUGAAGAUG